AUGGUUAAAGUUGUUUUCAUUCUGAAGCGUUUGGCCACUCUUACUGCUCCCGCCUACAACCUGCUUGAGGACUUGCUUCGUCCUGUUCAGCGAUUCGUCACCACUUUGGCCAAACCAAUUCACCUCAUUAAUAAUACUCCAUUCACAUUACUUACUACUGCUUCCAGAAAUGUUAGCGACCUCGUAGCUGAAGCAGAAUCUGAUUUGGCCUUUGAACAUCCACGUGGCUCCGCAAAUGUAGUUUCGAAGGAUGGCGCUAACUUGGCCUCAUGGUCUUCAAUGCUUGGGGAUGCGGACCGGGAGCGCCAAAUGAUGCUGUUCUUAAUGAGCCGGCUUCAACCAAUUCUGAUUCUGGCUGUUGGUGCAGCACAGCACUGGCCAUGUGAUUUCCAACUGACCAGUAUGAAAACAUUUCAUAGUACAGCCCCAGCAUUCAAAGGUAUCCAUAUUUAUGUCUUCCUUCUAUCUAUGCAUACAAUGGCUUCAGGGAACUGGUUUAGUUAG